GACAUCCCGGCGUGCCCUGAGUCACACCGUUCGCUCUCCUUACAUGCCUUGCCCCAAAAUCAUUUUCAAUAUUUCUUGCCAUUCAUCUCCCUUCCCUGCCAUUCAUCUCCCUUCCCUGCCAUUCAUUUCCCUUCCCUGCCAUUCAUCUCCCUUCCCUGCCAUUCAUCUCCCUUCCCUGCCAUUCAUCUCCCUACCCUGCCAUUCAUCUCCCUUCCCUGCCAUUCAUCUCCCUUCCCUGCCAUUCAUCUCCCUUCCCUGCCAUUCAUCUCCCUUCCCUGCCAUUCAUCUCCCUUCCCUGCCAUUCAUCUCCCUUCCCUGCCAUUCAUCUCCCUUCCCUGCCAUUCAUCUCCCUUCCCUGCCAUUCAUCUCCCUUCCCUGCCAUUCAUCUCCCUUCCCUGCCAUUCAUCUCCCUUCCCUGCCAUUCAUCUCCCUUCCCUCCCAUUCAUCUCCCUUCCCUCCCAUUCAUCUCCCUUCCCUGCCAUUCAUCUCCCUUCCCUGCCAUUCAUCUCCCUACCCUGCCAUUCAUCUCCCUUCCCUGCCAUUCAUCUCCCUUCCCUGCCAUUCAUCUCCCUUCCCUGCCAUUCAUCUCCCUUCCCUCCCAUUCAGGAGUUAG